AACGGGUUGGGUAAGUUUGUCAAGCCAUGUUUUCUUUGUUGACUUUAAAAAAACCUGAAAUCUUCAAAUGGUUUUAACAAGAAAAACUAUCAGUGAUGAUUUUUGCUCAACAUUUUCACUCCUAAUCAGCAGCUCCUAUAAAUGAAAGUUGUUGUUUUGUUGUGAGGCAAGUUGGAGGAGUUGUUGAAAUGUUGUGCACUCUCUCUUCCAUUUACUGGGCUCAACGUGAAAUCAAGGAGGAGUCGAGAGUCCUUCGGGCUUUCUCCUGGAACCUGCUCCUCAAAUAUAAAGCGCUUCUCCCAUCCGCCAGGAAAGACUGAGCCAUUACGCACGAGGAGGAGCGCGCAAGUGGUGCCCCCCUUAAAAUCAUUCCCGACAGAACUUCUUUCAAACACAGAGAGGAAAGCGAUUUGAGCAUUUGAAAUCCUCUUUAAUUUGCUGUUUUUCGUCAAUUUUAGUCUAAAAUUGAUUGAGAGGCGCACUUUUUUUAAGUUUGGAGAGAGCGCGCGGCAGAUGGCUGCUCUCAUCAGCGCGUACUCGUCGUGGCCGGAGUCCUUCGAGUGUCCUUCGGGAGACGGAGACGGCCCUGAUGGACACGGAUCACACCGAACAGCCGUGGACAAGGCGCCGGAGCCGCGGAUCCGGCGGCCGAUGAAUGCGUUCAUGGUCUGGGCCAAGGAUGAGCGCAAACGGCUGGCGGUUCAAAACCCUGACCUGCACAAUGCCGAGCUCAGCAAAAUGUUAGGAAAGUCAUGGAAGGCCCUCACCCCCCCUCAGAAGAGGCCCUACGUGGAGGAGGCAGAAAGGCUGCGGGUGCAGCACAUGCAGGACUACCCCAACUACAAGUACCGGCCUCGCCGGAAGAAACAGCUGAAGCGCAUUUGCAAGAGAGUGGAUCCCGGCUUCCUCCUGAGCGGGCUGGCUCCCGAACACAGCGCCCUGCCGGAGCAGCGGGCCCUCUGUCACCCCCUCGACAAAGACGAGGGCAGCCCCAACAAAAUCAGCGGCGGGUUUUCCGGGGCGAGCACCGUCCUCCCCAGCGUCAGAACCUUCAGAGAACCUGCUGGCUCGAACAGCAGCUUCGACACGUACCCGUACGGCCUGCCAACUCCUCCUGAGAUGUCCCCCUUAGACGCCAUGGACCACGAGCACGUGCCCCCCACCUAUUACUCGGCGUCGGGUAGCUCUUCCGUCUCCUGUUCUUCCUCAGCCUCCUGUCCCGAUGAACAUCAGACACACAUGGGCAGCCCGCCUCCCUACCACACCGACUACACCCAGAGCCAACUCCACUGCGGGGGCACGCAUUUGGGUCACAUCCCCCACAUGUCUCAAAUUGGAGGUAGUGGUGGACCGAUGCCUGGGCCCCCCAUUCCUUACUACAGCUCUUCAACUUUUGCCCAAAUUCACCACGGGCUCCACCAAGGCCACCUGGGCCAGCUGUCCCCGCCGCCAGAGACUCAGGGUCACCUGGAGACUUUAGAUCAGCUGAGCCAGGCCGAACUUUUGGGCGAGGUGGACCGCAACGAGUUCGACCAGUACCUGAACUCCAACGGGACCAGCUUCCACCCGGAACAAGGCGGCAGCAUGACUGUAACGGGACACAUGCAGGCAGCAUCGGCUGCACCGGCGUGUCCCAGCAGCAGCACGGAAACCAGCCUCAUCUCUGUGCUCGCAGAUGCAACCGCGGCCUACUACAACAACUACGGCAUUUCGUAAGCGCCACCACAGACUAAAACGGACUCUGCAAAAGCACUCAGUUGGGAGGAUUUUUUGCAAGGAAGGGGCAACAAACCGUUAAAAUGCUCCAAUAUCCCCCUGACUGAGCAACAUGAAUUCUGGAGCCACAAUGGAACAAAGAAAUGAAGAAAAGGAGAUGGACAUCUCAGGGAAGCAGAUCCAAGUGUCAUGAAACUUCCAAAACCUAAAGAACAAAUGUAUAAAAAACCUGUUUGCCCACUUGUAAAUGUUACUGUACAGAUGCUCUACAGAAGUCGAUGUCUUGCAUAAAUGUUCUGCUAUUA